CAGAGGGUUUCUUCUUCAACAAGAAACCUCCCUCCUCCAUCUUGCCCUCUCUCCAUUCCUAUUAUUUUGCUCUUCUUCAGCAAGAUUCUAUAAUUUCGGGCAUGUUUGAGCUCCUUUUUCCCUUAAUCACAUUUUGAAGGAUUUAUAUUUGUAAGGAAAUGUGCUGGGAUGGACUCUGAUACAACCAUUAAAUUAACAAUCAGAUAUGGAGGACAAUUCGAAGACAUGAAAAAAGGCAAGGGUAGAAGGUAUGCUGGUGGAUACCAAGACACUAUUUACAUAGACAUGGAUCGCUACAGUCUACUUGAAAUCUUUGAUGAUAUUAGAAAAAAUUUUAAGUGGGGUGAAGGUCAAAUAUUGAUUUUAUGGUAUGUUGCACAAUGUGGAGAGUAUGUGGUAAUUAGCAAUGAUGCACAGCUAAUGUCAAUUUUUAGUAUGCAUAGUGAUGAAAAGCAAUUGAUAUUAUAUGUGACAUUAGGAGAAAAAAUUAACUUGCUUAAUGUGUCGACUACUAGCAUUGGUGAUGGCAAUGAAACAGGAUGUAGCUCACAGGGUGUUAAUAUAAAUGUGGAUCCCUUAGAAAGAACUCAAAUGGACAAUAGAUUUAGGAGCUCAACAGGAGUAGAGAGUAAUUAUGAAAAGGAACUUUAUAAAGAGGAUUCCGAGGCUAUACUAUCUGACGGUAGUCUUCAUACUAAAUAUAGCAGUGAAUCUAAUAAUGAUGAUGUGGAAUCUCAUGGUGAAAUCUAUGAGUUUGAUAAGGAUAAUCCAAUCAUGAAAGUUGGUAUGAAGUAUCCUAACAAAAAGACAUUGAAGAGAUCCUUAGAUCAUUUUGCAGUAUUAAAUGGCUUCGAGUUUAAUGUUGAAAAAAGUGAUAAAAGGAGAAUGACUGUGAAAUGCGCAAACGAAAGGUGUGGCUGGAGACUUCACGCAUCUGUUCUUCAAGACAAAACAACAUUCGAGGUAAAGACAUUGAAAAAUGAGCAUGAAUGCCCUUCUGUGAACAGAUGUGGGAAUAAAAUGGCAUCACAAUUUUGGGUGGGAGAGGAAAGUGAAACAAUCUCAUCGACUACCAGCUCGCAGCACCCACCUGUACUACCAAGAACCUGGAGUGCAGAACACGUGAAGCCGACCCUCGGACCUAUGAAAGAUCUAUAA